AUGACACAAAGUCAGCCGACACUUCUACCACCGGAUAUCAUGGAAUCACAAUUAUCCAUGAUUGAUCUCCUUACAGCUAUGUUCCCUUCACCAGGCGAACUUGACAUCCCAACAUCAACAGCCCAAUGCGUCGAAAAGCUCCGGGACUGGUGUCAGGACCCAGCCAUUGAGCUCUCUGGCAUACCAUCAAGCUUACUCCUCGCUGUGUGUCUACCUAUCGUAGAAGGAGAGAAAACAAUCCAAGUCAACAUCUCGAUUCCCCUUCAAGGCGAGGGUCCCGAGAUUGAACAACCACCACCAUUGAAUUAUACGCUUCGACAACCAGAUUGGAUGUCUAAAGCCGAGGUUGCGGGACUGGCCGCCGCAAUGCCCCAAGAUGAUGUGCUGGAAGCAUUCGAAUACGUCCGGGAGGAAGCGCUCCGUUUUCUUGAAACAAGGCAGACGUCCACUUCUGAGGCUGUGGCGGGUGAUUCGGAACCCAUCGUGCGGGUUUGGUUCUAUUUCCCGUCUUUGUCGACUCGGGAAAAGAGGGAUGAUAUGGUUAACAAUGCGCCGGCCUAUUCUCUGACUGGUUUUGUGUUGGCCGGUAAGCCUGGGGUACUGUGUCUGGAGGGUGGGUCGGCGGAUAUCGAUGCUUAUAUGAGAUUCAUCAAGACACACUCGUGGGGCGAUAUCCCCAGUCAUCAGAAAAAGGUCAGCGAGAGGUUUCGGGAGACGGAAGGUGUUCAGAGGGUGUUCUCGGGGAUGCAGGAAAUUACGGAUUCUCUCGGUGAACGGAGUGGUCAGAGAGCUAAUAGAGGUGAUAUGCAGGCGUUAGAGGCAUGGCUGCGGGAUAGAGGGCUACAAGAAGCAUUUGAGAAAGUUAUAUUUUGA